CCAUGUGCUAACAUCAAAACAAACCGCAAUUUCAAGUGCCAUUCGUAACCCGCUGCGGUCAAAGUCGGUCAGUUUUAGCGCAUUUUCCGUUUUUUUUUACUCCAAUGGAAGCAUUAGAAGAAAUCGUUCCAUUUUUAUCAAAAAACGCGCGUCUCGAUUUAAGGGUUGUGUCUCUGUCCCAUGUACUAGGUGGAUUCUUUCUUUCAGGUCUUACUGGCUCGGCGGAAGGCAUACAAUUGCUGGUGAAAAAUGAAACGCUACUGAAUAAUCUGCUCAAUUUGACAAGCGAAGAAUCCGUAGCGAAGGACGCUGUUCUGUGUCUCGUUAACAUCACAGCUGAAGUGAUCGGAGCGGCUGUCGUAGUAGAUAAGCUCUCCGAACGAUUAGUUCCAGCAGCGUACGAGGCGAUACUCGACGAAGGUUGCCGAUUGAGCGAUGCUUGGUGCAUGGUACUGUGCAAUAUCACCCGCCCUGAGCAUCUCGUCGAGCGAGUCUUGAAGCAUCUGCUGGCGAUAGAGUUCGCAUUGGAAAAGCUAACCACAUGCUUUACGCGCAUUAACUACAACAAGCAAAAGUGCCAUCUCAAUUACCUCGGUCCACUGUUUAGCAACGUGUCGCAAAGCAAGGCAGGUCGUGAUGUGUUUUGUAAUCAGGCGACAGGAUUGUUGAGACGGUUGCUUCCCUUCGUACACCAUGAGGGAAGCAUUGUGCGUCGGGGUGGUGCUGUCGGUUUGCUUAAAAAUGUCUGCUUCGAUUCCUCCGUGCACGAAUGGCUUUUGAGCGAGGAAAUUAACGUUCUGCCGUUUAUCUUGCUGCCACUCGCUGGCCCGGAGGAACUUGAUGAUGAGACGAAUGACAAACUGCCCGUAGAUUUACAAUACUUAGGACCGGAUAAGAAGCGCGAGGAGGAUCCGGAUGUGCGCAAAAUGCUGGUGGAAUCAUUAGCACAGCUAUGUGCGACACGUAAGGGCAGAUCGCAUUUGCGAGGACAGGGUACGUACGAGAUUUUGCGGGAGUUGCACAAAUUCGAAUGCAGUCCGGAUGGAGACAAGGUCGUACUGAGCGCGGUAGAGAAUGUUGUGGACAUAUUGAUUAGGACGGAAGAGGAAAUUGGGGAAGAUAAUCUGAAGGAACUAGAAAUUCCGGAUGAUGUGAAAGCGAAGAUUGAUAGCAUGAGUGAAGAGGCUGGAAAAUAGAACCAAACACAUCAA